UUUUGAACGUCGGCUAGCCGGCUAGGUUAACUAACCUAACGCUAACUGCGCUGCUUUCUCCGCUAAUUAAUGUCAUUUUUAUAGAAAAGGCGCGGUGUGGGUGAAUAUUUUAACUGUAAUUCUAUCAAUUCGCGCUGUUAUUCGUCUCUAAGGCCACAAGUGUAAACAAAUACGACCGUUUAGCUUGAGCUGACGCGGUAGCGGGGAGUUAGCAGUCCGGCUGCGCUGGCGGUGCGAGUCGUCCCUGUCGGUUUAACCGUCGCUGGAAAACCGAGCGGGUCUGCGUUUAAAACAGGCUGUGAAAUAAAAACGGCUCCGGGAAGCUGGAAGGUUUAGGCCCCGAAGGGCUCGGGCUGGUGACCAUGCCGACCCGACCUGACUGGAGUCCUGCUUGUGGGCUGUUGUUUUGAGAUGCUGCCGUGCUGUCCGCGCCAUGGACGACUCGGACCAGGACUUCUCGGAUCUCUGCUCGCGGCUCCUCAAGAGGGUCAAACGGAAAGACUCGGGGGAUGAGAAGAAAAGCACGGCAGUGAAAGAUGAAGCAGGACCGGGCUCCUCUCAGAGCAAAGCGCCGGCCAAGAGGAGAAAGAAGAACGGGCAUCUCCGGAGCGAGGCGGCGGUGCCGGGUAGGAGCCAGCCCGGCUGCCCCGCGGAUGGAGCCUCCUCCUCUCUGAGCGUGAAGGAGAAGGUGCUGCGGAGGAUGGAGCGCUUCAGGAGAGAGAGUCCUCCUCGGCUCCUGCAUGUGGAGGAAGAAGAAACCCAAGGAAGCCGAUGUGACCCAGCACCACGUCCCUCACAAGAUCACCUGGAGGAACCUGAAAGCGACGAGGCUCUUGCUUUGAGGCUCCAGCAACAGCUGGACAGAGAGGCUGAGACUCAGGCUGUGGUGGACUUGGAAGAUGGAGGCCUGUUCUUUUGCCAGCUGUGCCACAAAAACCUGUCGGCCAUGAGCCCCCAGCUACGGACCCAGCACAUCAACAGGUGUCUGGAUGAGAGUGAGAAGAACGCCUCUGCUCCUCCCGCUCCUCCUCCUCCUCCCCGCCCUCGGGUGCCCGAGUGCCCUCUCUGUGGACGUAGGUUUAAGUCUGAAAAGAGUCGUUCCACCCACUUAAAGCGCUGCUCCAACGCCAUGGGCGUGUCCCCAGCCGAGCUACUGCAGGCCCUUCAGAGGCAGGCAGCCCAAAGUUUGAGUGACGCCGCAGCUGACCAACCGCAUCAGUCAGCGGACAGUAGGAGGACAAAUGCAUCCAGCAUGCCGGCUACAAAGAAGGCCAGAAGAAAAGGCCCAUGCAUGGAUGAGGACACCAUGGUGGCUUUGGCCCUGUCUCGUUCUCUGCUGGAGCAGGAGAAGGAGCGAGAGAGAGAGAUGGAGGAGGAGAGGCAGAUACAGGCACGACUCUCGAACCCCCCUGAAACUACAGCUCCUGUACAGUGGAAGCCUCGAGCAGCUAAAGGUCGCGGGAAGCGGAGAAAAGGUGUGCCUGCUGCCCCACCUCCCCUCCUCCUGGUGCAGGACCCCCAAACAGCGCUGAAUCGAAUCCAGCAGCGCGUCUCCUCCCUGCUCCUCUGCUCUAGACCUACAGCUCCCCCCACUCCUAAACUGCUCCCCUCUGAACUCCCCAUGUGGGCACACAGCGCCCCCCUCUGGCUCAAGAGUGCACUGCCUGGAGGAGGACCAGACUCAGUCUCUGAGUUUUACACCCCAGAGCUUGGAGAGUUCAUACAGCCAUGGGUCAGAGAUGAGAAAAAGCCGUCUCUUUCCUCAGAGGUCACGCCAGUAAAGGAGCGCCAGGCAUCAGCUACAGAAACCGCUGCGGAUCCGGAGCAGCCCAGCUGUGCUCCGGUCUCCCUGGACGCGAGGCCAGGGGAUCGUCCUGCUACUCCAGCUUGUCUCACCCCAGCCAUGAGCACUCCAGGCUCUCAGGCCCUGCAGGAUUUAGUGGAGCUAGCGGAGGAGGGCAUGACUCUCACCCAGUACCGACACACAGAUAAAGAGGCUGCUGUGGCUGAGCUUCCUCUGAGCGGCUUUGUCCCUGAAACAACAAAGGCCAUAAUGCCCCGUACAAACUCGGUUACUGUGUCCAAGCUGUGUUCUGAUCUGGCCAGCAUGGUUAACAACCCUCAGCUCAGUGAUGUACAACUGCAGGUGGACAGUGGAGAUGUCUACUUUGCUCACUCAUUCAUGCUCUAUACACGCUGCCCUCUGCUGGCUAGCAUGGUCCAUGAUGCAGGCUUUGGGGUGCAGGAAGAUGGCAUGCCUACAGCUCAGAGGGUACUGUUGGGUGAUGUACCGGGCGAGGCAGUAUACGCCCUGUUGCAAUACCUGUACACUGCCCUUUGCCCAAUCACGCACACCCUCCUGCCCAACAUACUCCAGCUAGCCAAAAGGUUUGGGCUGUCUGAGCUGCAGCAGCAGUGUGAGCAGUACAGUGGGGAUCCAGAAGACUCGGAUGAAGAUGGAUGUUCAGCACGGGAGCCUAAUCCUGGGCCCCAGGAGAGCCUGGCUGAGACACAGUUCCUGGAGCUUCUGCGCUCCAUGUGGCAGCAUGAGGAAAGCGAUGGUGAGGAGUUCGGAGGGGCAGGAGGAACCGAAGGAGGGGUGGAUGAAGAGGAGGGAAGAGGAGGGAGUGGUGAUGGAGAAAUGGAAGAAGAUAGAAUCAAUGACGAAGAGCUCGAUGAGAUUUAUGAGUUUGCAGCUACACAAAGGAAGAUGGAGACAACUAGAUCCCCUAAUGUAAGCGAUGAGGAGGAAGAGGAGGGUGAAGAAGUAAAUGAGAGCCCCGGAGCAGGAAAGAGUAACACAGAAAAGCAAUGCAUUGAAGCAGGACAGAGGAAGGAGACCCAGGAAGCCUUUUUUAAGGAGGCCAACACCAGUCGCCAUAGUUACAGGCUUGGAGAGGAUAAGGAUGCAGCUGCCAUGGAAACCAGUGCUAUGAACAUGCACCACGCCCAGGGCUCUCAGGCUGAUGUUUGUUUAGACUCCAAAUCUAACACACAUGGAGACCUAAACAGAAGCCACAACGUCAGCCUGGACAGGACCUAUAACCGUUUGUUCUCCGAGACGUGGGGAGAAUAUGUGGAGGCGUCUCAAACUCCAGCAGUAAUUUCUCAACCCCAGCAAGCUCAGCAGAAGAGCACAUACACCCCACGCCGAAUGUCCUCAGUCAGUGAAGUGAUUGACCUGUCCAUCAGCCCUCCUCCAGGCUCAGAAGAGGCAGGGGAGUCAUCCCUCCCAGUGGCUGGCGUGUCUCCAGGUGCAGUAGCAGGUAAACAAUCUCCAAACAUGGUUCUUCCUCCUUCCCCUUCAACAUUAAACAGAAUUCACCCUCAGCUCUCAUCUCCAGUACCCUUGAGUCCAUCAGGCAGGUCCAAACACUCACCUCCACGGCUCAGUAAAACAAGGCCUGGACUUUCCUCUCCAUUAGCUAGUAGCACCAAACCUGAGCAUCUAUCAAGACCUUGUCCAGUAGCCUUAUCCAACCAGUCCCGUAAAACCAAGCCUGAACUGUCAACUUUAAUAGCCAGUAGCAUCAAGCCUGAGCUUUCAUCUCCAGUGCCAAUCUGUAACCAGCCUGAACUCAUCGUCCUCUCUGACUCCAGCGAUGACACGGAUUCUGACCCCCAUCUUGACAAGGUUUCCACUCCAUCCCCUCCAAGAUUCAGUCAUAACUAUACUCAGAUUAAAGCUAAAGAAGGCAUGGAAGUUGGACUCUCUUCUAAAAAAUCAUAUGAAAGGGAGUGUUCCAAAACUGACCAAUCAGAGGGUGCCCUGAAUGACCCAGACCAUCAAAGUGUAUUGGAUGGCUCUGCUGAGGUUUCUUGGCUUAUCCCAGCCACUCCAGAAGUUUCCACAUGCUCCAGCUCCACGCAAACGCGCAGCAGCAUGUGGCGUGCUCAGCUCUUUCCCAAACCUUGUUCUUUGUCCUCCUCUUCUGUUCCUGAUGACUCUGAAGCAGACACACACUCUGGUUCCCUUGGAGAAAGACCAAGACUAAUGACCUGUUCAAGACUGCGUCCAGGUCCGUGCUCCUCUAGAGACGGUUCUACCAGUGACGCUUCCCCAGCUCCUCAGAAGCCAACAUCCCGCUCCAGACUCCAGACUGAUGCUUCGCAGUUUGUAAAACGAACUCAUCUUUCACCCCUUCCUGUCUCCAUGCCCUCCAGCAGCACUCCCGUGCACUCUACCCCCUGCCCAAAGCCUCCAGAGCCUCUGGGGUCACCCUUGCUGAAAGACUGCAGGCUUAGACCACAGAGUAGGGCAUCGUGGGAGGAAUAUGAUGACUUUGAGAAGGGAACUGCUCCUUCCGUCUCUCAGCGAGUGGCUCCUGCGAAGACGGCAUCUCAGCUAAAAAUAACAGGGCUUGGCUCCAUGCAUCUCAGCCAGUCUGAGAAGUUGCUGCCCCAGCACAGAAAUUCAGAAUCCGGGAAAGAGGCAUCCCUGAGUCCGCCCUGGGAAUCUGAGCGUGCUGAGACUGAGAAAGAUUUCACUGGUGAGACAGGAAAGAGAGACGAGGAGGAGAGGGGAACAGUGGAGGAGGAAAACAGGAGCGUGAAUGAAGUAGAGAUGGCUGAGGAGGCCAGUUUCUGCGCCUUUGAUGAGCCACCCAUCGCGUUUGAUGACUCAUGGGGUCUUGGUGGAGGAGGGGUAGGGGUCCAGGGGCCCUGCUUCAGUCUGAGGCUGGAGAGCAGUGGAGAUCCAGACAGCCCCUCAGAACACAGGAGGCAGGGAGAGACGCCACACUCUCGCUCUCCUUCUGUUCAUGAAACUCAUGCCACAUCACUUAUUUCUGUAGCUCCAGUCAACCACAGCUUGCCAGACCCUGCAGCGUGGGACAGCUGGGGGGAAGAUGAUGAAGAUGAAGCAGGACCUGCUCUUCCUCUCUCUCAGCGAGUUGGUGCAGUGGCUCCUCCAAAGAGAGUGGCUCAGCUUAAAACCCCAGUGGCUCGCAAGAAGAAGAAUCAAGUCCCGCUUGUGCCAAUCACCCCAAUGCCUGGCUUCUCAGAUAUGGACACACCUGACCUCAAGAAAAGACUGGACAGGUUUGGGGUGCGUCCCCUCCCCAAGAAACAAAUGGUCUUGAAGCUGAAAGAGAUCCACCAGUACACCCACCAGCUGAUGACCUCCGAAUCUGAGGAGGAAACUUCUCCAGUGAGUCGUCACAGAGCAGGGCGUUCACAGAUGGCUUCAACUCUCCAGCCUGCACUGCUUUCCUUUAAACAGCCCACAGCACCACCUCCUGUCUCGCCCAGGAAACUGCAGUUCGGCAGUGAGGAUCAUGAUGUCCUACCUGCAUCUCAGGAUUCCAACACAUCUUCCACAGCUGAGUCGGAAAGGUCAAACCCUGAGCUGUGCGACUCUGAUGACGACGGCUCAGACGGUGAGGGAAUCACAGCGUCUCAGGCAGCCAUGCUCGAGAAGGACAAACUCCUGGCUGUACGCUCCUUCAUCCAGUCGGACCCAGUUCUGUAUGGCCGUGUGCUGCAGUACCAGCCACUCUCCCUUUCUGAGCUGAAGGCCAGGCUUAGAACAGCAGGCAUCAGGCUGGGCACUGCCAAGCUGCUGGACUUCCUGGACUCCCAGUGCAUCACCUUCACCACUGCCAAACCAGGCCACCCAGCCCGCUCACGCAGGAAGGCCCGCACCCGGGCCCCUGCUGCAGGGCCUGGGCGUGCAGGUGGCCGGGGCAAGAAGAGAAUGGCUAAGCCAGCUGACUGAGCUGCGUGUGGGUGCCUUCAGGAAUGUUCUCUGAGAAGGACUCAUCAGAAAAGCUGUGUUAAAGGGACUUUGGGAGCACACACUCGAUGAGCUGCCUAAGAGCAUCCAUAUGGAAGAGACUUUUGGAUGAGCUGCCUUAGAGAGACUAUAGAACAGCCUUCUGGAUGAGCUGCAUGAGAGGAACUACAGAAGAACCCGCUUGAUGAGCUGCAUGAGUGGCACUACAGAGGAGCCCUCUUGAUGAGCUGCGUGAAAUGGACUAUAGGGGACUACUCUGGAUCAGCUGUGUGAAAAGGACCAUACAGAAGAUGAUUCCCCUGGACGAAUGCAUGAAAUGGACUAUAUAGAAGAGGCUUCUGAUCAAGCUGUAUAAGAUGAGGUGGCGAGUAAAGUUAGAGAGUCAGUAAUAGAUACCGAUAGGAAUAGGAGAGGUGCAUUUGGAGUUGUUCUUCACUCUUACUACCCCAAGGACAGCAUGUUUCAGGCAGUCACCCCUGCUCUAAUACAUUCAUUUAAACCUCAUAAAGCAGUGGUACCAAAGAGCAGGAUUAGGACACACACUCUAAUGGAUGUGAUUCGGCUCACUGGUUAAAUAUCAGUGCCUUUCUGAGCUGGGGCGUGGUGCUGCAGCAGCGGGCGUGAACUUCUCUGCUGUGCCAGUACUUUAUGAUGAGUCAUUAAGUGCUAAAAAUUAACUCAGGGUUUCAAACAAGCCUUCUUGUUUAGGGCAUUUUUGCACAUCAUUGUUUAAAAUGUCAAAAGUAUUAAUUUAAGCAACUGAAGUCAAUGUGUAAUGAAUUAAAAGAUGAAUCUCCUAAA